AUGUUUCUCAGUCCAGUCCUCAUCCUCCGCAUCGUUCAAGGAGUGUUGGCUUUCAUCGCCAUGGCGCUUGGAGCAACAGUGGCCAACGUCCUGAACACCCACCGUCCUGCCCUCGAUGUCCCUGCUGGGGUUGUCUUCUUCAUUUUCAUCGCCGUCUUCACCUUGCUUGUCACGGUUCCCUAUACAAUCUUGACACCCCGCUACUUCCCAGUCCUGGCUCAUCCAUUUGCCAUGCUCGCCGCUGAAACCACCACGUCCAUCUUCUGGCUGGCAGGGUUUGCCGUUAUGGCAGAUCGCUUACGCAGAGCAGACAUCUGCGAAAUCGGGGCGUGUGCGUCCGCCACAGGUAGUGUCGUGGUUGGGGUAUUCGAGUUGUACGUCGGAGUGAUUUCAUCCCUCCUGGCUCUUGUUGACCGACUCAAUAGUGUCCUCUUUGGAAUUACUGCCUUCUUCGCCUUCUCUCAUAUCUUUCUGGGCGACAGAUUCAGUGCGAACAAGCCCCAAAACAAGCAGGGGCAGGUGAACCGGGCUGGAGUCGAGCUUGUGUAA